GCGGCUGCGGAGCUGAGUGCUCGGGUUGUGCGCUGGGGACGGUAGUGACACGCUGAGCCGUCCGCGGUCCGUCCCGCAGCCGAGCAGGGAACGCCAGCCUCCCGCAGCUCCGGGAAGACUUCCGAGAAAGGGGCAGGUCGGCGCAGCGGGGUGGCCGCAGCCUCCCUCCCCCUCCGGCGCGCCCCAUCCAUCCGGAGCCCAGCGACUCAGCCCAGCUCUGCUCGGCCGCCGAGGUUAUGGACUCGGAGGAUGAUCCCCUGCUGCAGGAUGUGUGGCUAGAGGAGGAGGAAGAGGAGGCAUCGAGUGAGGCCUGUGGGGGACCCCAGAAGCCCGGGCCACAACCUGGGGCAGGGAGUCAGUGUUGUUGGCGGCAUUGGACUUUGCCUUCCCGGCCCCCGUCCUCGGGGUUCUGGAGCACACUGGGUUGGGCCUUCACCAACCCUUGCUGCGCGGGGCUGGUGCUCUUCCUGGGUUGCAGCAUCCCCAUGGCCCUGUCGGCCUUCAUGUUCCUUUACUACCCGCCGCUGGACAUCGACAUCUCCUACAACGCCUUCGAAAUCCGCAACCACGAGGCCUCGCAGCGCUUUGAUGCUCUUGCCUUGGCGCUCAAGUCCCAGUUUGGAUCGUGGGGUCGCAACCGGCGCGACCUGGCCGACUUCACCUCCGAGACGCUGCAGCGCCUCAUCUCGGAGCAGCUGCAGCAGCUGCACCUCGGGAACCGCUCGCGAUCCGCCUCCCGAGCCCCACGCACCGCCCCGGCGGCCGCUUGGACCGCCUCCUCUACCCAGAAACCAGCAGCCAAUCGCAGCGGGCGUCUUCGGCGCGAGGCCCCGCCUCUGCCAGACGUGACAGCCAACCAGGAUAGACUACGUAAUCAGCCGGUAGAGGAAACUAGGCGGCGCCUAGCUAGCGCUCCUCCCCCCGUGGCCACCACAGCCAAUCAGAGCCGUCCCCGCCGGGGCGCCUCGCGCUGGGACUACUCGCGCGCCUAUGUGAAUGCCAACACACAGACGCAUGCCCACUGGCGCAUCGAGCUCAUCUUCCUGGCACGCGGUGAUGCAGAGCGCAACAUCUUCACCAGUGAGCGGCUUGUCACGAUCCACGAAAUUGAACGCAAGAUCAUGGACCACCCAGGCUUCCGGGAGUUCUGCUGGAAGCCCCACGAGGUGCUCAAAGACCUGCCACUGGGUUCCUAUUCCUAUUGCUCUCCACCCAGCUCUCUCAUGACCUACUUCUUCCCCACCGAGAGGGGCGGCAAAAUCUACUAUGAUGGCAUGGGCCAGGAUCUAGCCGACAUCCGGGGCUCCCUAGAGUUGGCCAUGACGCAUCCUGAGUUCUACUGGUACGUAGACGAGGGCCUCUCCGCGGACAAUCUGAAGAGCUCCCUCCUGCGCAGUGAGAUCCUGUUCGGAGCACCGCUGCCUAACUACUACUCGGUAGAUGACCGCUGGGAAGAGCAGCGGGCCAAGUUUCAGAGCUUCGUGGUCACCUAUGUAGCCAUGCUGGCCAAGCAGUCUACUAGCAAAGUCCAGGUCCUCUACGGGGGAACGGACCUCUUCGACUAUGAGGUGCGCAGGACCUUCAACAACGACAUGCUUCUGGCCGUCAUCAGCAGCAGCUGCAUCGCCGCCCUCGUGUACAUCCUCACCUCCUGCUCGGUGUUCCUGUCCUUCUUCGGGAUCGCCAGCAUCGGCCUCAGCUGUCUCGUGGCGCUCUUCCUCUAUCACGUGGUCUUUGGCAUCCAGUACUUGGGCAUCCUCAAUGGGGUGGCCGCCUUUGUGAUCGUGGGCAUUGGUGUGGACGAUGUCUUUGUGUUCAUCAACACUUACCGCCAGGCCACCCACCUGGAAGACCCACAGCUGCGGAUGAUCCACACCAUCCAGACCGCAGGCAAGGCCACCUUCUUCACCUCGCUGACCACAGCCGCCGCCUACGCGGCGAACGUCUUCUCCCAGAUCCCGGCUGUGCAUGACUUCGGGCUGUUCAUGUCUCUCAUCGUGACCUGCUGCUGGCUGGCUGUGCUGUUCACCAUGCCUGCAGCCCUGGGCCUCUGGAGCCUCUACAUGGCACCGCUGGAGAGCUCCUGCCAGAGCAGCUGCCACCAGAAGUGCAGCCGCAAGAACUCCUUGCACUUCCCUGGGGACCUGUUUGCAGAUCCUGAGCGGGCUGGGGGCAGCCCUGCCCAGGGCCCCUUACCCUACCUGGACGAUGACAUCCCCUUGCUGAACGUGGAAGAGGAGCCAGUGUCGCUGGAGCUGGGAGAUGUGUCGCUGGUAUCCGUACCGCCCCAGGGCCUGCAGCCUGGUCCAGACAGGGGCAGCCGGGGCCAGCUUCUCGCGCAGCUCCAAGAGCUGCUGCACCACUGGGUGCUGUGGGCUGCCGUCAAGAGCCGCUGGGUGAUUGUGGGGCUCUUCGCCUCCACCCUCGUCCUGUCCUUGGUGUUCGCCAGCCGGCUCCGCCCUGCCAGCCGGGCCCCGCUGCUCUUCCGACCCGAUACCAACAUCCAGGUGCUGCUGGACCUCAAGUACAACCUGAGCGCCGAGGGCAUAUCCUGCAUCACCUGCUCAGGUUUGUUCCAGGAGAAGCCUCACAGCCUGCAGAACAACGUCCGGACAUCCUUGGAGAAGAAGAAGCGAGGCUCAGGGACCCCCUGGGCCAGCCGGCCUGAGGCCAUCCCGCAGGACUCCGCGGGCACUGUGUACAUCUCCAAAGUGAAGAGCAAAGGCCGCCCCACUGUCUACCGGCUCUCCCUCAAUGCCAGCCUGCCGGCCCCCUGGCAGGCCGUGUCUGCCGGGGAUGGAGAGGUGCCCUCCUUCCAGGUGUAUAGAGCGCCUUUUGGUGACUUCACCAAGAAGCUGACCGCUUGUAUGUCUACAGUAGGGCUGCUCCAGGCGGCGAGCCCCUCCCGCAAGUGGAUGGUGACGGCCUUGGCCUGCGACGCCAAGCGGGGCUGGAAGUUUGACUUCAGCUUUUACGUGGCCCCCAAGGAGCAGCAGCACACGCGGAAGCUGUACUUCGCUCAGUCCCACAGGCCCCCUUUCCACGGGCGUGUGUGUGUGGCACCUCCGGGCUGCCUUCUCAGCUCUAGCCCUGAUGGGCCCACCAAAGGCUUCUUCUAUGUGCCUAGUGACAAAGUGCCCAAGGCCCGCCUCUCAGCCACCUUUGGCUUCAACCCCUGCGUGAACACGGGCUGCGGCAAGCCAGCAGUGCGGCCGCUGGUGGACACAGGGGCCAUGGUCUUCGUGGUCUUUGGCAUCAUUGGCAUCAACCGCACCCAGCAGGUGGACAACCACGUCCUCGGAGACCCGGGCAGCGUCAUCUAUGAUAGCAGCUUUGACCUCUUCAAAGAAAUCGGUCACCUGUGUCACCUUUGCAAGGCCAUCGCGGGCAACUCGGAGCUGGUGAAGCCAGGCGGCGCCCAGUGUUUACCCUCAGGCUACAGCAUCUCCUCCUUCCUGCAGAUGCUGCACCCAGAGUGCAAGGAGCUGCCCGAGCCCAACCUGCUGCCAGGGCAGCUGUCCCACGGGGCGGUGGGCGUCAAGGAGGGCCGUGUGCAGUGGAUCUCCAUGGCCUUCGAGUCGACCACAUACAAGGGCAAGUCCUCCUUCCAGACCUACUCAGACUACCUGCGCUGGGAAAGCUUCCUGCGGCAGCAGCUACAAACGUUCCCUGAAGGCUCGGCCCUGCGCCGCGGCUUCCAGACUUGCGAGCACUGGAAACAGAUCUUCAUGGAGAUCAUAGGGGUGCAGAGCGCCCUCUAUGGACUGGUCCUCUCCCUGCUCAUCUGUGUUGCCGCGGUGGCUGUGUUUACCACCCAUGUCCUGCUCCUGCUGCCCGUGCUCCUGAGCAUCCUGGGCAUCGUCUGUCUUGUGGUGACCAUCAUGUAUUGGAGUGGCUGGGAGAUGGGUGCUGUGGAGGCCAUCUCCCUGUCCAUCCUGGUCGGCUCCUCUGUGGAUUACUGCGUCCACCUCGUGGAGGGCUACUUGCUGGCGGGGGAGAACCUCCCACCUCAGCAGGCCGAGGACGCCCACUCUCAGCGCCAGUGGAGGACCCUGGAGGCCGUGCGGCACGUGGGUGUGGCCAUCGUGUCCAGCGCCCUCACUACUGUCGUCGCCACCGUGCCCCUCUUCUUCUGCAUCAUCGCCCCGUUCGCCAAGUUUGGCAAAAUCGUGGCACUCAACACAGGUGUGUCCAUCCUCUACACACUCACCGUCAGCACCGCUCUGCUGGGCAUCAUGGCCCCCGGCUCCUUCACCCGGACCAGGACUUCCUUCCUCAAGGCCCUGGGCGUCGUGUUGCUAGCAGGGGCUCUGGGGCUGGGCACCUGCCUCGUGCUUCUGCGUAGUGGCUACAAGAUCCCCCUGCCCAGCGGGGCGGCCCUAUAGUCCUGUGUCUGGGUCCCAACUUCCGCACCUUAGCUCAGCAGGUGGAGACUAGCCAUUCUGUGACCCAGCCCGGCUCCGGCUGGCUCAGCUCACAGGCACCGUCAUGCUGUGUGGACCCCACGGCCUCCCAUCACAGCUCAAGCAGGAUGUGUCUGGGCUGCAGCCCUUCACUGGGCCCUUGCCUGGCACGAGUGAAAGGGACCAGCCCUCCUCCCAUACCACAGGGGCACAUGAUUUCCUAGCAAGUGUGUUCUCACUGCCUCAGUGCUCAAAACCCGCCGGGGUGGGUGUUUUGGGAUCCCACUCUACAGAUAUGGAAACUGAGGCACCAGAAGGCAGAGACUACCCUGGGAUGGGUCAGGGAGGAGCCAGGGCUGCCUUGGAGCACAGGCCUCCCUGAGGCCUUUGCAGGAAGAGCACAGUGCAUUCAGGGUGGGGGAUCUCACACCCCAUCUUCCUCUCCCCCAGCUUUAAGCAACCAGUGCUGGGUGACCUGUUGUCCUUCCCAGACCGUUGUCCAAGUCAUUAAGGACAGAGGGACCUGCCUGGGGUUGUGCAUGUCUUAUCCCCAGCCCCAGCCUCCAGGGAUCCUCAGAGACCCCUCCUGAGGGCUAGGGACCCAGUGCAAAUGUCCUUCCAUACCUGCGCCCCAUGUCCCUUGCCUGAUUCCGAGGGUGGAUGACUUGGGGGGCUGCCCGUUUGGGGAGGAGCUGGCCAUGCCUGCCGCCUGCUCACGGCAGAUGUUUGCUAUUAAAGUGAAAUGUAACUGCAGACCGCCGCCAUUAAC